AUGCCUGGGCCCUGGUUCCUCCCGAGAGAGGACCAGGGGGCAUGGAGUGCCCUACCCGCUGCGCGCGGAGAUUAUGUGGAGCUCAAGCUCCUCGAUUCCACUCGCCACCCACAGGGUAUGGGGUUGGUGAGGAUCGAGGAGCGAGAGAACCCCGGCCGAUAUGGGGAAUGGUUUGCAGGUACCAUCGUCGCGGUGUCCGACGGGUACCUGCAAUGGUGGCUGGAUGAAGGGGAAGGCUCUUCGGAGCAAAGGUGGUUCUCCUUCCACGUCUGUGCCAAGUCUCCUGCCACCUGCAGGGGAUCAAAAGGGCACCCCGACAUGGAGUUCCACUUUGAGUCCCUACGGAGCAUUCCCCUUGCGGAGCUCGGGACCUCCCAGCAGCCACCAUGGCUUACCCAACCCGCUGCGGCGGCAGAUCUAAGAUGGGAGCUAGAUCGCUUGGGUGGCCAGCCAACAACACCAGCUGCGGCUGAGGCAAAAGGGGGGAAGAAGGAGCGAGAGAAGGGUCUCGCAGCCCCCUCAUGGGGGGGCCCCCCUGGCGCGGAGGCGAAGCCUCCGGGGCUUGCCGCAGAGCUCGACGACCUGGCCAGAGAUCUCAAGGAUCCUGGGCAGGGUCGGAGGGAUAAGCGGAAAAAUCGCCGCCAAAGAAUCCCGUGCGCGGGAGAGAGACUCCGGGCCAGCUGCGGAGGCGGAGGCCGCCCUCGAGAAAAAGAGGAGACGCUGGCUGGACCCGGGAGGUCACCAAAGCCCGACCGAGGUCCCUUUGGUGGGGGAGUCAAGGUCGACCUGGGCGAGGAUGGGUCUUCGUCGGACUCGUCUUUUCGCGAAGCCUCCUCGUCUCGCGACCGUCAGCUGCAGCUCCUGGAGUACUCGGAGAGGUACCCGGGGCGGCUGUCGGCUCGUCUUCUGCAGAAGAUGCGAAUGCUGCUCGCACGGGACGGGGGGGCGCUAAACUUUGCAGCCCGGGAAGAUCCAGCGCCACCGGUGGCGACGAGCUACCUCCUCACGAUCAUGGUGCCGGAGUACAGGACAAAGGUCGGAGUUCGCCUUUUACGGGAACUCAAGACCCUGUGCAAGGCGCUGGACCUGGUGGUCGAAGGGGAAGCGCGGCGCGCCGCAGACCUUCUCGCACAAAGAGUGAAAGCGAUCGAAGCCUCGCUGGCCGACGAUCACUGGUUGAAAGCACAGUUCCUGGAACUGGUGCCGCGGGAAGGAAGUCUCCUGAUGGAGACGGACGAAGCGGUGAUGGCGGCGAGGCAGCUGGCCCUGGAGACCAAGGUGAAGGAGGCAGGCCAGCGGAACUGGGGCCGGGGCAAGGGGCAGUGGUUCGCCCGCCCAGACGACAACGAGCCGCCACCGCUCCGGACCACGCCCCCCGAGGGGGAGAAAGGAAAAAAGGGCGAGGGCAAAAAAGGGGCGAAAGGAAAGAAGGGGCAAAAAAAGCCCCCGAAGGCCCGGACCAAGCAGAAGGUCAAAAAGGAGGUCAAAGGCGGCAAGACGCCGGAUGAUGAUCCGCCGGGCGACCCCGAUGAUGAUGGGGGUCCUCCUGAUGAGUGGGACGAAGAAGAAGAAGGGGAGGAGGAGGCCCCGGCGGAUGACCCCGCCGUUGAAGAACGGGGUGCGCCCCAGGGUUCAACACCGGCUGCGGCCGAGACUUUGAGCCCGGGCCAAGAAGAGGAAUGGGAUGAUGAAUUGCUGGAGGCCCUUGGGGUCAGCGAGGAUGAGGACACCCUGCGCGACUCCUUGGAGCAUGCUGCCAAGCAUGCGGCGACAGGGUGGUGGAACCUCAGCCACUUGCAAGCGGCGGUCCGCCGCCUUUUGGGCACGAAGCCCACCUGGGAGCAGUUUCUCGAGUGGUUCAUGAAUGAGGGCAGGCGGUUCCCAACUCCUCUUGGUUCGUUCUUCCGAAGGAUGGAGGAGACCGAGGCAGCCCCCCCGGGCGCGGAGCCCACCAGGGAACAUGACCUGCUCCCUAUCCAUGUGGAUGCCACCUGCAACAUUGAGGUUGUGGAGAACUGUUCCCAGGUGGUGCUGGAGACUACCCUGCACGCCCUCAACUUCCACUACUGCUGUGGUUGGAUCAGCCCUGUGUGCUGGCCACCGCCCGAAGAAGUCACUCCACGGCAGGCAGAGGCGGUGAAAGGGAUCGCGAAGAUCUGCGCCGGGUGCUUGGGGCGUGGCUUGCCUUUGGGAGGACCGGCCGAGGCCGAGAAGAUCCUCUCUAGUCGCUCCCGUGACUAUGAAGGCAACAUGGUGGAGCGAGUGGGGGAGAUCCAAGCGGAUCUGGUGAUCGGUGCAUGGCCCAAUGUUGGGGAGGCGGCGGUUGCAAGCGUCGUUGACUUUUUGUCGGGUGACGCCCUCCAUGCAGUGAUCUCGCCGAAGCCUCACUUCAAGAGGGGAAGCGACCAGCCGAGGACCUCCAAGAAGGGUAAGGUCCAUGCCUCCCAGGAGGAAUGGAACAAGGUCGUCUCGGCGGCCUUCCAGCGCAACAUGAUGGGGCCGGUGGACGAGAGCGCCGUCCCCCGGGACGCGCAAGGCCACCUCAUCACGAAUGGUGCUGGGGCGGUAGAGAAGAGGAAGCUGGUCGGCGGCAAGGAGGUCACGAUGCAGAGAUUCAUCUUCGUGCCGAUCAAUGAGUACCUGGAGGCCCUCCCGGGAGACCAGGACUUCCUCCCGUACGUGGCCCAGCUUGGCCUGCUGCUCCUGGAUGACAGCCAGACCCUUAUGAUAGAGUCGGAGGACCUCACCUCGGCCUUCAACUUGUUCCGCAUGCCGGACACCUGGCCUGCUCCCGUACUUCUCCUACGCCAAGAAGGGGCCCGGGCACAUUAUGGGGUCCAACGAGGAGUGGGUCAGACCGGGGCUAAGGGUCAUCCCAAUGGCGCUGUCACCAUCAUGCAGGCGGUGCUUAGGAACCUUGUGUUUGACAAGGCAGGUGUGCCGGCUAGCCUGGAGAUCUCGAAGGUCAAGGAGAUACCCGCUGAGGGCGGAGCCGUGCUUUACCUUGACUCCUUCGACCAGGUGCGGAUGGUCGACACCACGCUGCGCGCAGUAGAAGAAGGUGUCGCCAGCCCAGAGCAUGAGCGUUUCAGGGCAGCCUGCAAGGAGAGGGGUCUUCCCCUCAACGCCUCCAAGUCCCUCGCCGGAGCACUACGAGGGGGCAUCCAAGGAGGGGUGCUAGAUGGAGACAAGGGAACGAUUUGGGUGGGGAGCGAUAAAGCCGAAAAGCUGGUGCUGGCCACUUUGGGCCUCCUGGCUUCCGCCUCCUGGUCGGAAGCUGCCCUUAGGAGAUGGGCUGGGAUCGCGACCUUUGUGGCCGCUUUCCGGAGGCCGCUCUUCGCCGUUUUCCAGGAGAUCUUCCCUCUGAUAGAAAGGGCCAAGGAUGGGGCGGUGGACCCAGACCCGCAGGUCAUCGACGAAAUGGUGACCUUCGUGCUUUUGCUCCCCUUGGCCUCCACCUCCUUGAGGGCCAGAGUGGAGCGGCCGUUGCCCAGACGGCCCGGAGGCCCACUGUUGCGCCAGUGGAAGAGGAUGAGCCUGGAGUCUGUGGCCCUGAACAAGGUGGCAGUGCUCACCGCCUUUGGGCCCAACGUCAACGACAAAGAUGACUUUUGGAGCCCGACUGGGAAAGAGAAGCUGGAAAGGAUGGAGGCGGACCCGCUGGUCGCGGCCAAGUUUUGGAGUCCGCCCUUCAACACCUUUGGGCUCGGCCGUGGUGAGCAGGUGCAACUCCAGAGUGGGAGAUGGGUGGAAGCCCCACCAGCCCUAAGGUCUGGAGGGCACCUCACUGGAGUGGCCGGCCUCUCCAAGGCUGCCGCCUUUGAAGUGAGGAGGGCAAACACCCUCGCGCUGAAAGCCCUGAAGACCCUUUCCCGGGCUGUGGAGGAAAACUUCCUCUGCUUCGUUUGCCAGCCCUGGGACUCCUACCUUUGGUACUUCCUGGAGGCAGAAGAGCUGAAAGAGACGAGGGGGAUCUUUUCCACUUCGUUUCCCUUGUGUUGCUUUGGUGGGCCCAAGCGUUGGGUGGAGCUGUUGCACAACUCCCCGGCGGUCCACCAAGCUUUGCACCGGCCCGCGUGCCGAGACCACGAAGAAGAACACAAGGCAUGGUACGACAGCACAGGCCGGAUUCGGUUCGCCUGCUGUGAGGAGCUUCGCCUCCCCUGGGACCUGUGUGACGCCAUGGCGUUGGCGAUAAAGAGGGAUCUGGCUGAAAUCUGCCCUCUCAUCCCAGGCAAGCUCACUGAUCGCACCAUGGAGUGGCAGCUGAUGGCGCAGCUGCGUGGAGCUUCCUCGAGCCUCAGAUCACCCGCCGCGGCGGAGGCAGCAUCUGAAGUGAUUGCGCCCAUUGCCCGGGAGAUUUUGGAAGACCCACUGGAGCAUCUGCGGAGGAUGCUUAGCAGAGGGCACUACCGGGGAACCGAGGUUCGGCUCAUGGCACCAAAUGAGCCAGACAACCUCAAGAUGGUGCCCUACCCGGCGCACCUCUGGAGAUGGCGCAACACGUUGUCCUUCGCCUGGCACAACGAGGACAACAUCACCACGCUAGAGAUGUUGGCAGCUCUAGCGGAGGUCCGACGCCGUGCGCGGCAGUUGAACACACAGCGGACAAGGUUUUUUCACAUCCUUGAUUCCCAGGUCGUGUAUCACAUCAUGGCAAAGGGCAGGGCACACAGCAAGCGGUUGAACAGGUUGGCUCGACGGAUGAUGGCGGUUCAGCUGGCGGCGCAACUGCAAACGCUGGCGCUAUGGACCAUUUCGGCGUGGAACUUUGCCGAUACUGCGUCCAGGAGGUUUGCCCCUCACCAUGGCUCCUAA